CAAACUCCUCCCAUUGAAGAUGGAAGAAAAGCUUUUAGAACCAGGCAUGAAAGACGAAAACAACAGUAGAAGAGAAGAGAAAACAGUGCCCUCGAACAAACCCUCAUCAUCACGCCUUCAUCCCCUUCACCCGCGCAAUCCCAAGCCCACCCUCUUCUCCAGCCACUCUUCCCUUGUCAUAUGGCCAUGUUCCUCCACCUUUUCCGGAUCCUUUUUCUUCAAAUCCUUCACCGCGUUUUUCAUUGUCCGCUCAAAUCUCUUAACGGCAUCAUCCAACCUCUGAACAUUAGCCCCCAAAUCGCUGAUCUUAUCACCCAGGUCACGGAACCUCAUCUCCAACUCCUGGACCUUUUUGUCGAGUGACUCUAUCGUCUCUUCUUCUGGCUUCUCCGCUUCCGCUCCUGCUCCCGCUCCUGCUUCACGGGUAGGAGGGACAGGAGAAGGAGGAGAGGAUGAAGGAAUGGAUCUCAUGCACUCAUCGCAGCAUCGCCAGGUCGCUUCUGUGAUGACUUUGAUGUGGUGCUCGUGUGCCCUUUCUGCUGGCCAGUCUUUCGCUUCCAAGGUGUUUGAUUGCGGGGAGCGGUGAGGCGAUUCUUCGCCGUCGGCGGGCGAUGCCGUUUUAUUGUCCAGGCGGCGACAUUCUGGCUUGGCUUUUUGACCGAGGAUGUUUGUGAACCGGGUCAUUUUCGCUUUAGUGGGGGUUUGGUGAUGGUUUGGUGAGGCGAGAAGGUAGAUAAGAGUCGAGGUAGUUGAGUUGGGUGGAGUUGGUGAUGGAGGGUUGAAUUGUGCUCUGGAUAUAGUGGUAGUAGUGAAAGGGAGGGGUCUUUUAUAUUCAAAGUAUGUGCUAAGAUGGAGUAUUCAACUCGGGUACUGCUCGAUUGAAAACAUCUUGAUCGUGAGUGGGCCUACCUUAAACAAUCAAUAUUUGCAGCGACAAGUCGAUAACAAAUACUACGUUUAUCAGUCGUUUCCUCAUAAUCACAUUGAAUCCGCAGCAGCUUCUCUAGUUAGUAAAAAGUCUUUCCUA